AUGCUGCUAACCCGCACGAAGCGACGCCUGUGCACUGCCAGCCUGGACGCCGCCGCCGCCGGUUCGCUGCCGCUGCUCGCGAUCGUCGGCGCCCCAAACGCAGGCAAGUCGACGCUGUACAACCGGCUCGUCCGCACAGAGCUUAGCGCGCGUUCGUUCCGGCCUCGCGCGCUAGUGGCGCCUACGGCCGGCACAACCCGCGACAGGAUGGAGGGAGAGAGCGAGUGGCUGGGCUAUCGCUUCCGCGUGGUUGACACGGGCGGCAUCGAACACUUCCAAGACAAGCCUGUGUCCCUCGCCGCCCGUUCCAGAUGGCAUGCACCUCCGGCGUGUCCGCAGGUGCUGCUGCUGGUGGAUGCAAAGGCGGGCGCAGGCGCGGCGGAGGAGCGGCUCGCCUCGCUGCUGCGGCGGCUGAGGCCAGUGCACGACCCCUCUGCUGGGGCGGUGCUGCUGGCGGCAAACAAGUGCGACUCGCGCGAGGCGCGGCACGGGAUGCACGAGCUGUGGUCGCUCGGGCUCGGGGAGCCGCGCCUCCUCUCGGCGCUGCACGGCGUGGGCAGCGCCGAGCUGCUCGACGACGUCGUCGCGGCGAUGCAGAGGCGCGAGGCCGAAAGCACCGGGGACGCGGUGGGCAAGGUGGCGGUGGUCGGGCGGCCGAACGUCGGCAAGUCGUCGCUGCUCAACGCGCUACUCGGUCAGGAGCGGAUGGUAGUCAACCCCGUCGCCGGCACCACGCGCGACUCGGUGGCGUGUGAGUACGAGUGGCGCGGCGAGAAGCUGCUGCUGAUCGACACGGCGGGCAUCCGGCGCCAGGCGGCGGGCGGCGAGGAGCGCGAGGAGCUCGACCGAGCGGCGGUGGCGGCGGCGAGGGUUGCCAUCAGCCAGUGCCACGUGGCGCUCCUCCUCCUCGACGCCUACCAGGGACUCACGCGCGCCGACCUCGCCAUCGCCGGCCUCGUCACCGAGCAGCAAAAGUCGUGUGUCAUCGUCGCCAACAAGGCGGACCGGCUCGACGCGGCGGCUCGCCGCGCCUUUUCCGACAGCGUGCGCGAACGCAUGCCUUGGCUCGACUACGCGCCCGUGCUGCACGCGUCGGCUCUCACCGGCGCCGGCGUCGACGAGGCCCUCGACACGGCGGCGAGUGCGCUCGCGUGGCGGCGCACCAAGGUGCCGAAGCGGCGGCUCAACGAGCUCUUCGCGAGGGCGCAGCUGCUGCGGCCUCUCCCCGUCGUGCGCGGCGCCCGCCUCAAGAUGCAGUACGCGACCCAGCACGCGACGGAGAGCCCGACCUUCGUCUUCCGCAUGAACCGGCAGGCCGAGAUGCACCCCUCCGUGGUGCGCUGGGUCGAGCGCACUCUUCGCUCCCACUGGCCCUUCGACGCGACGCCGCUGCGGCUCGUCUUCAAGGCGGACCCGCCGCGCCGGCGCCGGCGCAACGCCCUCGCGCGCGCGGAGGGCGCGAGCUCACGCUUCGUCAAGAUGCCCAAGAAGAAGUGGCGCGAGCUGCAAAAGCCGUUCUGGCAGCGCGAGAAGUUUGUGGCGCAGGUGCGGGAGCGAAACAGAGAGCGCCGGCGCGCCUCGCAAGAGGCGAGGAGGGCGGCCGCGGCCGCGGGUGGGCUGCCCACCUCAGGACGGAUCGGCUCCGCGCUCGCGGCGCGGCAUGUGCGCGGGGAGGGGCAUGGCCAGGGGUGAGGGGGGAGAGCGGGCUAAACUUUAGCGCCUAGAAAGCCGUAAAGACG